AUGCUGCACAGCAGCCGUCGACGUCGACAUCUGUAUGGAACAGGCGUGGAGCAAGUCUUCCAGUUUGGCAUUCAGUGGGACCAUCGCGAGCCCCUUCCCCUCGAGCUCGCUGAUCACAGCCCUGCUGGAAGACAUGAGGAUAAAGGCUUGACACGCAAUGUUUUCCCUGCGGUGACUGCGUAUGCAGCUUCAGCGUGGCCAACGAGAGAAUUAGCCUCACCAGCUCCAGUAUCGCCAGGGCCGCCCAGAGGACCCGUUCCGACAUCUCCAAUCCCAUCCGCUCCACAGACCCGCCACCUCGCGCCGCUGUUGGUGUCUGUCAAGGGCCAGGUCAUCCAGGAUCUCGCGCUGGUGACAGUCAGCCAGACCUUCGAAAACCAGACCGAAGGCGUCAUUCCAGAAGCGCGAUAUACAUUCCCAUUGCCUGACACAUGCACCGUCACCGGGUUCAGCUGCAGGAUUGGUGCCUCAAAGACUCUGCGGGCGAAAGUCAAGCCAAAGGCCGAGGCUCGUCAUGUAUUCGACAAGGCUAAGCAAGAUGAUCGUUUUGCCGGACUGCUGGAGGAACAAGCCACAGAGAUCUUCACAGCAUUCCUAGGCAACGUACCAUCUCACACCAGAGUCAAGACGGAAAUCAGCUACACAGUCGCGCUCAAGACCGUCUUUUCCGCAGAGCGGACAGCACACAGGUUCCUGUUGCCCACUGACAUUGCCCCGCGAUACGGAGCGCCGCCCACCGCUGAGUUGGGCUCGGGCACUUCAGGAGGACGUGGCCACGAGUCAGAGCGGUUCACGCUGGAUUUGGAGGUCCUGGAUGCGCAGAACACCACUAUUACUAGCUCUACGCACGUCAUCAAGGUCGAGCUUCACCAGGACACGGAAAGUGCUCAGUCACUUGAAGAGCUGGCCGGAGGAUCCGGAUCACUCGAUACUAGUGAGAGAAGCAGUAAAGGGAUCGCACGCAUCAAAUUAAGAGACGGUGCCACAUUUUGCGACGUAGAUUUGAAGAUCGACAUUUUCCGAACUCCCGUUCUGGAGUCUGCCCAGCCGCGCGCAUGGCUGGAGAAACACCCAACCCUGAGCGACCAGUACGCCAUGAUGAUCGACUUGCCACGUCCCGAUCUUGCAGCCCUCAACUCCGCGCCAGCGAGACAGGGAGAAGUCAUAUUUCUGGCCGAUCGAUCCGGAUCUAUGGAAGACAAGAUAGAUUCUCUGCGCCUCGCUCUGCGGUUCUUCCUAAAGGGUAUCCCCGCGAGCGGGUGGACGUUCAAUAUCUGGUCUUUCGGCACAACGAGCCGAUCCAUGUGGCCACAGUCCAGGGUGUACGAUGCCCAGAGCCUUGCCGAGGCCCUCGACUACCUCGACCGCGGCUUUGAGGCAGAUCUGGGCGGGACGGAGCUACUGCCUGCUCUCGAGCAAGUCGUGGCCUCACGAAGCACCGCCGACCGGACCCGGCCUUGCGAGGUCAUUAUCAUCACGGACGGUGAAGUGUGGCGGCUCCAGGAUACGCUGGAUUAUGUCGAGCACGUGCGGAGGUCGACGCAGCACACCAUGCGGUUCUUCGCGCUGGGCAUUGGCCAGCACGUUUCGGCGGCCCUGGUCAACGGCAUCGCGCAUUGCGGCGGCGGGUACGCGGAGAUCAUCCCCCAGGCUAGGGACGGCCACGUCUGGCAAGACCAGGCGGUGACGAUGCUCAAGACGGCGCUCAGUGCGCCGAGCCGGCAGAAGCUCUUGGUUGAGAUGAACGGCAUUGAUUGCAACGCGCAGGCCCAGUCACCGCAGGAUCUCACCGUCUCGAGCUCUCCAUUUGAGACCCAGCGAGUGUUUAUGCUCUUCACCUCGACGAGCGGCACUGCAGGCAUCGAGAACAUCAAGGUGACACUGCAGCUGGAGAGCGAUGCGUCCCAGAGGCACAUCCUCACGAUUCCAACAACAUCAGCACCUACAGAGCCCGGCAGCCUCCACACCCUUGCGGCACGUGCAUGCCUGGCUGACCACAAAACAUCCGUGGCGCCAUCGACCAGGUCUACCAGUUUCCCCACAAUGACGGCAGAGGGCCUCGCGAUCAGGUUCUCUUUGCUGUCCAAGUGGACAAGCCUCGUCCUUGAGGCUGAGAAGCCUGACCGUCCCGGAGCAGUCGUCGCUCUCUCUGCCUUCAACGGCGAUGGCGCUCCCGUCGAUGCCGCCGAGGAGGGUCCCGCUUCGUCAGAGUGCACGCUCUUUGCCGCUCGGGGCCUCGCCACGCGACCGCCUCGCCCUGUGAACCGUGGCCUCAACAGGACGUUCUGGAGUCAUGACGUGGAUAUACUUAAGUCUUCUGAUUGCCGAUACCUUGAUUCAAGUGACCUAUUCGGGCUGUCGAACAGCAUCCCUGACGACGACGCGAGUGGCAACUAUCCGGACCUUCAGCUCUCUGUAGCCUCUCAUAAGCCUCCACGUGGAAGGUCUCUCCCUUCUCCUUUGCCGGAUGGACUCAACGUGCUUGAUGCUCCCUUGCCCGCCAAAUUCGACCUGGCUGAUGAGCGGCAUCUCAUGAGCCUCACCCAUUCAAAUGGAGAGGAUACCGACGAUGAAGCCGAAACGACUCAGGAGACACUUAGCAUGAUGAUGAGACAUACACCCGAGCAAAAUCUUCAACAGCAGUCGGCUCAAAGGGCGUCAACACCAUCGCCGGGCGAACCAGCAAAGACGCUCGAGAGACCCUCUGGACAAUGGAAGAGCAGAGACGCGCGUGCGAGUCGUUUGGAGGACUCGAGGCGUCUCUUCAGUGGCACCACUCAUCCGGGCACUUAUGGGGCCCCGGUCAAUGACCAUACUGCUUCUAUUCCUCCUCCUUGUGCUUCUUCACGAGUAUUUGAGUAUCUGUCGCGAGCACGCCCAGCCUCCUUUUCGCCUGCAAGCUCAUGGCUACGCGGACGCGAAAGCGAUAGCACAGCCGCCAUGGCGCCGGCACAGCCUUCUAAUUCUCUUGAAUCAUAUGGCUCUGACAUCGUCGUCGGUCGUACUCGCCCCUCUGACGGAAGCAGAGUCAUCCCCCUCAUCAUGGCGAUGCAGAACUUCGACGGCUCGUUCCGGCCCGAAGUCGUCAUUCACCUGGGCAAGGGGGCCGAAGAUGCUGGCGCGGAGCUCGAGGCAUACGUCCUCGCCGAGUGCGCGAAAAGCGUAGAGCCGGCUGCAGCUGGGGCGGUCUCCAUGUCUCGUGAGGAAGCACGACAACUCGCUGCUAGUGUUGACGCUCGUCGUUCUGGGAAGGGACUUUGCACGUGA